AUGCCUCCACAUAGAAGACGUGUGGCGUCGGACCGCCCGAACCCAUCCCCCUUACCAAUCGUUUAUCAAGGCACGCAACAUCCAAAUCAAAGGCUCGAGGGAAUCAUUACGAGCAUAUAUGCUGAAAUGUCAAAAAUGCAACAAAAACACUACGAGGCAACUGUUAUGCUACAAAACUGCGACAACAUGUUACGGGCCCACGCAGUGGACAAAGACGUCUUGGAGAAGCAGAACCAGCUUUUUAUUGAACAUAUCAAGAUAGCUCAACAAAAAGCUUGCAACCUAGAGCUCAAGAAUAGGGAACUCGAGUACCAACUGGCAAAAGAGAGACAGCAACACCGCAAACAACCAGAAGGAAGGCAGACUUAA